CUCUGAUUACAUCCAAUACUAGGAAUGGCUGUCUUUGUAGGUCUGCCUAGUAUAGAAGCGUGACGACCUGUCUUCCAUAGUCACGGAUAUCGGCUAUUCACUGCGCGUUGAUUUCAGUUUGACCCGUCGAGCGUCUUGGACCAUCCUAUACUACGACCAAUCCUCCUUCAACUAUCAAUAUCUAUAGAACUUUUAUUCACCAACAUACAGCUCGUAAAAAUGAUCCGGACUAGGGUUCUAAAUUUAUGAGGAAUGUCACGACGUAAUUCCUAGGAGAGGUUUUCCCUGUUCCGGGCCUGCCAGAAUCACGGAUAUGAACCUACCAGACCCUCCCUUGCGCAUGAACCCGCCAGACCAUUCAUGCGCAUGAACCCACCACACCUGCUGUGGUCAUGGAGCAUGGAUAAAAGCUUCGAUCCUUUGUGUCCUAUUCCACACUCUCGCAAAGGAUAGCAAUAUUCUGCCACAGUCCGCUUCUCUUGCCACUGGAAUGUAAAAAUGUAUAAAUCGAUGCUACAAAACCCGUCGUCUUCGCGGCUAGGGAAGAUGCCUGAUCCAGAUCCAACGAGACUAGCUUUACAGUCAUGUCUUGAGUACCUCGACGGGUUAGACCGUCGUAUUCACGAGGAAAUUCAGGAGACCCGCAGCUGCUUUUUAAAGCUUCUUGACAACUGCCAGUCAGAUGUCACGAUGGGGGAUUCGGGCGGAUAUGAGAAUACCGUCAAAUUCCAAGCAGCAUUCGAUGAUCUCAAUGCUAUUCUCGAUUAUGUUAUUCCCGCGACGUUUGCGACAUUGCGCGACCGCUUCUCUGGGUUACAGCCAGCACCCCAUAGCACAUCUUCCGGAGUCACGGGAUGGUUGUCAGGGGGUACAAACACUCCCCUUGGUCAACCUCCUCAAGGCCUAUUGCCCGGCAGCACCUCCAGUUCUGCCAACUAUGGGCCCGUUACUCAACCUUUCAUACCUCAACCUCGGCGUAGCACGUACUCCGAGGUCUUCUCAGUAAUCUAUAACAUGCGUGAUAUACGAUGGCUGCCAGAGGAUGCGUAUCCUGUCGAUCAAGAUGAAUUACAGGUCCCAGCAGAUCUCAUGGAGGUAAAUGUUGAGCAAGCUACCUUCGCAGGCUUGCUGGAGGGCGAUAUUGACAUCGAGGGGGCCGACGGCGAUCCUGAAGACUCGACAGCAUCCGUGUGCGAUGCUCGAGCCGUUAUCGAAGUUCCCAAGGAUUUGUCAAUCGACGACUUCUGCGUCCCAUCGAAGGAACGUCUUGACAUCGUACCCGGAGUAGUCGCUACGAGGGUCCGCCCCCGACGUGAUGGAUUCCCUCGUCAAGUAUUUGAUCCAAAGGAUAUUGCAUGUCUCAGUUCUCCUACAGCACCUCUCAAUGACGGGUGUAUCAACGGUUGUGCUGCGCUUCUGUAUUCCCAGUUAAAGAUCUCGACUGUGGACUGCGCUAUAUUAUCCACCUACGAUCUUCCGCGCAUCCGUUGGAAUGCACGUGACGAUAACAUCUGGCGGAACACAUCCUGGACUUGGUAUUGGGAGAAAAAUGUGUGGAUCCUCCCAAUCCAUCGACCAUCCAACGUCGGCCAUUGGGUGAUCUGUGUAAUCUACUUUCAAACUAAAGAGCUCCACCUGUUUGACAGUCUUGCUGAUCAGGAAGCUUGGGAACGCGAUGUAAAGGACAUCAUGAAAUUGAUCGAACGGUUCCUGACGAUAGCACGUCAACGGCACAGCGGCGUUCAAAUCGAUCUCGAGGGUUGGCAAACUCGUGUGUUAAACGUUAACCCAUGCCAGAGCAACACUUAUGAUUGUGGCCUGUGGGUAUUGGCAGCCAUGAUUGCUGUAUUGCGCGGGCGGCAUGUUACAGGCUUUCAUGAGGAACAAAUGUGUGACUUGCGGCAUUAUCUCUGUAAUCUAGUCCUUUCCAUACCCCCCACGAACGUAAUGUGAUGUAUUACUAUUCCAUUGAAUAUAUUGAUUCUGCCCGA